ACUGGCAGAGGGUAGGAGCCCAACCCCUGCCUGGCUCCCGUGCCACCAUGGCCCGGGAAGCCGGGUCCACUGAGCCCAGGGUGAGGAAGGGCUGGGUAUUCUUUGCCUGUGUCUCUGUGGUGACCGCCAGGCGCUGGGCCACCACCCGCCGCACCACCCUCCGAAGCCCCACACCUUGGCUGGCACCUGUGCCAGCGGCAGCCACCGAGAGCUGCACACAGGAGAUCGGCGAGGAGCUGGUCAACGGGGUCAUCUACUCCAUCUCCCUGCGGAAAGUGCAGGCACACCACAGCGCCAACAAGGGCCAGCGCUGGCUGGGGUGUGAGAACGAGUCGGCCCUGCACCUGUAUGAGACCUGCAAGGUGCGAACGGUGAAGGCAGGCACGCUGGAGAAGCUGGUGGAACACUUGGUACCUGCCUUCCAGGGCAGCGACCUCUCCUACGUCACUAUCUUCCUGUGCACCUACCGAGCCUUCACCACCACCCAGCAGGUCCUGGACCUUCUGUUCAAAAGCAGGUACGGUAGAUGUGACGCCCUCACGGCCUCCUCUAGAUACGGAUGCAUUCUCCCUUAUUCUGAUGAAGACGGUGGACCCCAGGACCAGUUAAAAAAUGCCAUCUCCUCCAUUCUGGGCACCUGGCUGGACCAGUAUUCGGAAGACUUUUGUCAGCCCCCAGACUUUCCCUGCCUUAAGCAGCUGGUGGCCUAUGUGCAGCUCAACAUGCCCGGCUCCGACCUGGAGCGCCGUGCCCACCUUCUUUUGGCCCAGUUGGAGCAUUCAGAACUCACUGAAGCCGAGCCUGAGGCUCUGUCGCCAGCUCCAAUGCCAGUUCUAAAAACAGCUCCAGAACUAGAGCCAGCUUUAGCACCACCUCUCGUGCCCGCUCCAGAGCUACAGUCAGCUCCAGCACCAGCUCCAGCACCAGCCCCAGCCCCAGCUCUAGAGCUACAGUCAUCUCCAGCACCAGCUCCAGAGCUAGAACCAGCACCAGCUCCAGAGCUAGAACCAGCUCCAGCUCUAGAGCUAGAACCAGCUCUAGCACCAGCUCCAGAGCUAGAACCAGCUCUAGCACCAGCUCCAGAGCUAGAACCAGCUCUAGCACCAGCUCCAGAGCUAGAGCCAGCUCUGUCACAAACUCUAGAGCUAGAGGCAGCUCCCGCACCCGAGCCUCCCUGGCCUUCGCCUGUGGCUGCAGAAAAUGGCCUGAAUGAGAAGCCUCAUGUCUUGACGUUCCCUCCCGACCUGGUGGCGGAGCAGUUUACACUGAUGGAUGCGGAGCUGUUCAAGAAGGUGGUGCCCUACCAUUGCCUGGGCUCCAUCUGGUCCCAGCGGGACAAGAAGGGCAAGGAGCACCUGGCACCCACCGUCCGCGCCACUGUCACACAGUUCAACAGUGUGGCCAACUGUGUCAUCACCACCUGCCUGGGGGACCGGAGUGUGACAGCCCGGGACAGGGCCAGGGUAGUGGAGCACUGGAUCGAGGUGGCCAGGGAGUGCCGGGUCCUCAAGAACUUCUCGUCACUCUAUGCUAUCCUGUCAGCCCUACAGAGCAACUCUGUCCACCGGCUGAAGAAGACAUGGGAGGAAGUUUCCAGGGACAGUUUCCGAGUCUUCCAGAAGCUGUCAGAGAUCUUCUCGGAUGAGAACAACUAUUCUCUGAGCAGAGAGCUGCUCAUCAAGGAGGGGACCUCCAAGUUUGCCACUCUGGAGAUGAACCCCAAGAGAGCCCAGAAGCGACCAAAGGAGACGGGUGUCAUCCAGGGCACUGUUCCCUACCUGGGCACGUUCCUCACAGACUUGGUGAUGCUGGACACCGCGAUGAAGGACUAUCUGUAUGGAAGACUGAUUAACUUCGAGAAGAGGAGGAAGGAAUUUGAGGUGAUCGCCCAGAUCAAGCUGCUCCAGUCGGCAUGCAACAAUUACAGCAUCGCACCCGAGGAGCACUUUGGGGCCUGGUUCCGGGCCAUGGAGCGGCUCAGCGAGACGGAGAGCUACAACCUGUCCUGUGAGCUGGAGCCCCCCUCCGAGUCGGCCAGCAACACCCUCAAAGCCAAGAAGAACACGGCCAUUGUCAAGCGCUGGAGCGACCGCCAGGCCCCCAGCACAGAGCUCAGCACCAGUGGCAGCUCUCACUCCAAGUCCUGCGACCAGCUCAGGUGCGGCCCCUACCUCAGCAGCGGGGACCUUGCCGACGCACUCAGCGUCCACUCAGCCGGCUCCUCCAGCUCUGAUGUGGAUGAGAUCAACAUGAGCUUUGUCCCAGAGUCCCCCGACGGUCAGGAAAAAAAGUUCUGGGAGUCCACCUCCCAGUCAUCCCCGGAGACCUCCGGCAUCAGCUCAGCCUCCAGCAGCACCUCCUCCUCCUCAGCCUCCACCACGCCCGUGUCCGCCACACGCACCCACAAGCGCUCCGUCUCAGGGGUCUGCAGCUACAGCUCCUCACUGCCGCUCUACAACCAGCAGGUGGGCGACUGCUGCAUCAUCCGCGUCAGCCUGGACGUGGACAACGGCAACAUGUACAAGAGCAUCCUGGUAACCAGCCAAGAUAAGGCUCCGGCCGUAAUCCGGAAGGCCAUGGACAAACACAACCUGGAUGAGGACGAGCCAGAUGACUACGAGCUAGUGCAAGUCAUUUCAGAUGAUCGAAAGCUGAAGAUCCCUGACAACGCCAACGUAUUCUACGCCAUGAACUCUACGGCCAACUAUGACUUUGUCCUAAAGAAACGGACCUUCACAAAGGGGACAAAGGUCAGGCAUGGCGCCAGCUCAACUCUCCCUCGCAUGAAGCAGAAAGGACUCAAGAUAGCCAAGGGCAUCUUCUAA